CGAUUGACUUUACCUUGAAUUACCUACCUACCUACCUACCUAGGUACCUCUGUAUGCAAGCAUCUACACAUAUGCAUGUUUGUCUCUGUUCUGUCUUGUGUUUGCCUUGUGUACUCGGGCAGCUUUGUAUUGGCGAUUCUUCAGUCGUACACGUCCAAGACAUACACCUGCAAGUACUCACUUACCAACCUACCGAACCUAUCCAUGGGUGUAUCAAUUAUCCGCCGAGUCACUCUUACUUCGUACAGCCCCCUCAAUAUCCCCUUCUGGUUUUUCCUUGUUCCCCGCCAACCAGAGUCUAACGAUACCCCACCCCACCAAUCAAUCAGCUGUGGACCCAAGUUCUCCAUACACUAGACUAGGCACCUUGGGUAGGUAGGUCCAUCGAGCUUUGAACUUCAACAUUGAAGAUCAGUCUGGAUGUAUAUUCUACUAACUAGUACAUAAGACCAUCCUGAAAUCUCCCCAGCCUCGAAUUUUCUGGUGCAACGAGUUGAUCAGAGGUUUGGCCCCAAGCUCCUAAAUAGGUUCACAAGCUAGCGACACAUCGUAUGCUUGACACUUAUUCAACUUGAGCCUGCUUGAGUAAAUUGAUCGCAAAGAACUCCAUGGAAUACUGCUGUACGUCAAGUGUAGCUAAUUGCCUCGAUUAAGCAUGAUUGCACUAGGUAAUUCGAAACUCAUCUUAGGUAUUUCUCUAGUAUUCACCAGUCGCUCCCUAGCUUAGGUAGGUCGCUGAGGCAAGCUUGGCAUUAUAACUCGGGAGGGCUAAGUAUGAAAGAGCAAUGCCUCUCUAUCGUCGUUUGCGACUACCGGUAUAUUCUGGCUCAGCCAUUGCAGUCUUGCCACAUAUCUAUCUACCUUAAGCUGCAAUACUUCAUUAAUAUUGGAACGUAUACGCGAAGCCACUGUUAUCAGACCACAUCUUAGACUUUUUGCGAG